AUGAGCCGAUUCAAAUAUGAAGAUGAACCUUUUUUGGGGUUAAACGAAGAAUUAAUACGUGAUAUUCUGUAUCGACUGUCUGCAAAAUCAUUAGGACAAUGCAAACUAGUAUGCAAAUCAUGGCUUACCCUCAUCUCAGACCCUGAAUUUGCGAGAUCACAUCUCGUUUAUUCAAUCAAUAAUAAUCAACCCUUGACCCUCAUUGUUCAAAAAUUCAAUACCCUUUCCACCCUGAAGUUUUCUGAUCCAACCAAUAUUACUGAGGGUGUAACCUCAGACAUGUUGAACAAUCGAUUCCUUAAUAGCUUUGUAUCCAGUUAUUAUUAUUGUUUCAUUGUCGGGUCGAAUGAUGGCCUUAUAUGUGUUUACAUGAAACAAAUGGAGAGGGGUAGACGCGGUCAAGAUUCAUUGCAUCUUUGGAAUCCUUGCACCACUGCGAAAAGGGAGAUCUCAUUGCCUGUUAAAAGGGAUUCAUUUUUUGUUCAUAUAGACUCGAGUUGGUUUGGUCAUGUUCCCUCCUGUGAUGAAUACAGAAUCUUCUUAGUGUAUUCGGAGUAUAGGCCCUAUCUCUAUGAAAAGGGCAUGUAUCUAUACUCGUUAAGGAAUGGUAGAUGGAGAAGAAUACAGGUCUCAGAUGAAGAUUUGCGCUUAGUCUCAGAAGCCAAUUCUGUUUAUUUUAAUGAAGCAUUGCAUUACAUUGUACGUCAAAAAUGA